UGUCAACUGGUAGUGUCACGUGCGAUAGCACUCCACCCCACCAAGCAAACAAUGCAAAAUAUCUUGGAUAGCAUCAUCAUUGCGGAGGGGCAAGAAGACCACGGUGAACUUCUUCAGUAUCUACGUUCUGCAUGAUUCUCAUCCUAAACAACCACAAACCCCAGUCAAAGCCGAAAGGCCUGCAGCGGAAUACAUGGCAGCUCCUUUUUUUGUUGUCCAGGAUACCUGGUCCUGACUACAAUUACGCUCCUACCUCUUGGCUUCAGAUAUAAGCUCCCUUCAACAUCACCGACUCCGAAUAACUCAACAAUUCAUACUUAUUAGAUAUACCGACUCCUACUGAGCUGAUCGCUAACAGGUCUUUUAGACGUAACAGCAACAUGGCGCCACGCACGCAAUUGGAGAUCAUUACUUCGUCUGUCUUGCGCCUGGUUAAGGAAGAAGCAUCUUACCACCGCGAAUUACAGGAACAGACAGAGCGCAUUAGGAAACUAGAGAGUCAACAGGGUGGUGAUGAGAACAAAGAGUAUAUGUUGAGGCAGGAGCGUCUUGCGCUCGAAGAAACCAAGAAGGUCCUCCCAAGCUUGAAACAGAAGCUCGAAGAAUCGAUAGCGAAGCUUCAGAGUCUCCUGACCGAGGAGGGCAAGAAAGGACCUGAGAGUAACGUCGAGCAUAUCAAUGCUGCCAAGGACGCUAUAUCAAAGGCCAGGACGGCUGAGAGAGAGAUCGCUUGAGGGCCAUCAGCUGGGGGGUCAAUUGGACAUCAGUGCAAUGCAUAUGCUACCAUGCUAAUGAUACAACCACCUAAUGUCAAAUGAAAAGAAAAAAAA